GGCGGGCGCAGAGCGAGCCCGAGAGUCUGGAGCCGGCGGCGGCGCUGCGGUCGGGCGGGAGCUUGGCGAGAGCAGCGCGGCCGGGUGGGUAUCCCGCGGCCAGAGGAGCCGGCUUUGCCGCGGCGACCUUCCGGCGGACGCCGGGGACCCUGCGGACCGCGGCGCAGGAAAACAACUCACGAGGCAAAAAAGUACAUCUCAUGGAUGGAGCAGGGCGAAGUGGUUACAAGUACAGACUCUGGAGCCAGACUGCCUGGGUUUGAAUUGUACAGUUUCAGAUUUCUGCCUGGCAGAUUAACCAACGGCAAGAGGGGCUGAUCUGUCUACAUUCUGAGUACUGCCCUUGGCAAGACACCUAGAACAGACCCUGGACCGAAGUCCACCGUACUACCAUACCCCUACUCCAGCCCACCCCAGACAGUAUUCUGGGGUUCACCUGAGGUCAGCAGUGUGAAGAUGACCAGUGCCUUUUUAGCAUGACGACUUUGGACCAUGUGAUUGCCACCCACCAGUCAGAAUGGGUCUCCUUCAAUGAAGAGCCACCCUUUCCUGCCCACUCGCAGGGGGCCACGGAAGAGCACCUCCCAGGACUGUCAUCUUCCCCAGACCAGUCCGAGAGCUCCUCUGGGGAGAACCAUGUGGUGGAUGGAGGCUCUCAAGACCAUUCGCACUCGGAGCAGGAUGACUCCUCUGAAAAGAUGGGCCUCAUCUCUGAAGCAGCUUCUCCACCUGGGAGCCCUGAGCAGCCCCCACCUGACCUGGCCUCGGCCAUCAGCAGCUGGGUUCAGUUUGAAGACGACACGCCCUGGGCCAGCACAUCUCCACCUCAUCAGGAAACAGCUGAGACAGCCCUACCAUUGACCAUACCCUGCUGGACAUGCCCUUCCUUUGACUCCCUGGGGAGAUGCCCUCUGACUUCUGAGAGCAGCUGGACCACCCAUUCUGAAGACACCAGCAGUCCUAGCUUUGGAUGUUCGUAUACAGACCUGCAGCUCAUCAAUGCUGAGGAGCAGACGAGUGGUCAGGCUUCUGGGGCUGACUCGACUGACAAUUCCUCCUCACUUCAGGAAGAUGAAGAAGUAGAAAUGGAGGCCAUCAGCUGGCAGGCCAGCAGUCCAGCCAUGAAUGGGCACCCUCCCCCUCCAAUGACCUCUGCUCGUUUUCCCAGCUGGGUCACCUUUGAUGACAAUGAAGUCAGCUGCCCUUUAGCACCAAUCACCUCUCCUCUGAAGCCAAAUACUCCACUAAGUGCAUCUGUGAUCCCAGAUGUACCUUAUAAUUCAAUGGGAUUUAAGAAGAGGGACCGUCCCAAGAGCACUUUGAUGAACUUCUCCAAAGUUCAGAAGCUGGACAUUUCCUCUUUAAACCGCACGCCUUCUGUAGCUGAGGCUCCACCUUGGAGGGCAACCAACCCUUUCCUGAAUGAGACUCUGCAGGAUGUACAGCCCUCCCCUAUCAACCCUUUCAGUGCUUUCUUUGAGGAACAGGAGAGGCGCUCCCAAAACAGUUCCAUUUCCAGUACCACGGGCAAAAGCCAAAGAGAUUCCCUCAUUGUCAUCUACCAGGAUGCCAUCAGUUUUGAUGAUUCAAGCAAAACCCAGUCACACUCUGAUGCUGUUGAAAAACUCAAACAACUCCAAAUUGAUGACCCUGAUCACUUUGGCAGUGCAACUCUACCUGAUGAUGACCCGAUAGCCUGGAUUGAACUAGAUGCUCACCCGCCUGGAUCAGCACGGUCCCAGCCCCGUGACGGGUGGCCAAUGAUGUUGAGGAUCCCUGAGAAGAAAAACAUCAUGUCCUCCAGGCACUGGGGACCGAUCUACGUCAAACUGACAGAUGCUGGUUACCUGCAGCUGUAUUAUGAGCAGGGCCUAGAAAAACCAUUCCGUGAGUUCAAGCUGGAGAUCUGUCACGAGAUUUCAGAACCCCGGCUUCAAAACUAUGAUGAGAAUGGCAGAAUCCACAGCUUGCGAAUAGACCGUGUCACCUAUAAGGAGAAGAAGAAAUACCAGCCCAAACCUGCUGUGGCUCACACAGCAGAGAGGGAACAGGUGAUUAAGCUGGGCACCACCAAUUACGAUGACUUCCUGAGUUUCAUCCAUGCAGUUCAGGACCGUCUCAUGGAUCUGCCAGUGUUGUCAAUGGAUUUGAGCACAGUUGGCCUGAACUACCUUGAAGAGGAGAUUACAGUGGAUGUCAGAGAUGAAUUCUCUGGCACUGUGAGCAAAGGAGACAACCAGAUUCUCCAGCACCAUGUCUUGACGAGGAUCCACAUCCUGAGUUUCCUGUCUGGGCUCGCAGAGUGCCGCCUGGGCCUCAAUGAUGUCCUCGUCAAAGGGAAUGAAAUAGUUUUGAGGCAGGACAUCAUGCCCACCACCACCACAAAGUGGAUCAAGCUCCAUGAGUGCCGUUUCCACGGGUGUGUGGAUGAGGAUGUAUUCCACAACUCGCGGGUCAUUCUGUUCAACCCUUUGGAUGCGUGCCGGUUUGAGCUAAUGCGGUUCAGGACAGUGUUUGCUGAGAAGACCUUGCCUUUCACACUCAGGACAGCCGCAAGCGUCAAUGGGGCAGAGGUGGAGGUGCAGAGCUGGCUGAGGAUGUCAACUGGCUUUUCCUCCAAUCGUGACCCCCUCACUCAGGUUCCCUGUGAGAAUGUGAUGAUCCGUUACCCUGUGCCCAGUGAGUGGGUGAAAAACUUCCGCAGGGAAAGUGUCCUGGGGGAAAAGUCUUUGAAAGCCAAAGUGAACCGGGGGGCAAGUUUUGGCUCCACUAGUGUUUCUGGCUCUGAGCCUGUCAUGAGAGUAACUCUGGGAACUGCCAAGUAUGAGCAUGCCUUCAACUCCAUUGUGUGGAGGAUAAACCGACUGCCCGACAAAAACUCAGCUUCCGGUCACCCACACUGUUUCUUUUGCCACCUUGAACUCGGCUCUGACCGGGAAGUGCCUUCCAGAUUUGCCAAUCGUGUGAAUGUCGAGUUCAGCAUGCCCACAACUUCUGCCUCCAAAGCCAGCGUGAGAUCUAUCUCUGUGGAAGACAAGGCUGAUGUCAGGAAGUGGGUCAAUUAUUCUGCACACUACAGCUACCAGGUGGAAAUUGAGCAAAAAAAGAGUCUGAAGCCGGACUUUGAAGGAGAUGAAAUGGACAAUCCCAAGGAGUGUGGAGUGCAGUGACAAAGCCUUGCGGGAAGGAAUCCUAAUCCCAGGGUCAUGAUAGGGUGUCUUCCUGAGUAGCUGAAGUUUCAGUCAAUACCUGCUGUGGCCACUCCAUGUUGGGAACAGUGUACCAGAUCUUCCUGUUUGCAGUUACUUGUAUUUUACCAGGAAACCAUGAGAAUGGUGGCUUUUGGAGAGGCUCUUUGAUUCUGGUCAUGCCUAAAGCACGUGGUUCACCUGACUGUUGGAGCUUACUGUAUAAUUAAGGCUCCUUGUCUUGUCUCUGCUUAUCUCACAGCACUGGUAUGUGGUUUGUUGUGACUGUUACAGUCAGGAAAAGAACCUCCCACAUCAGUGUUAGCACGAUUCCCUUCUGAUGUUCAUCUGUCACUCGCAUAAGUUUCCGGAAAAGGCAGUCUUGAGAAGUUAAUUAAGAAUCCAUCUCUUUCACUCUGUCUAGAAAAGGCUCAGAAAAGGUGCAAAACAAAUUUCCUCUUUGGGUCUUACUAGACCUUUUUGAGGUGUCUCCAUUCUUUAAAUGUUGAGUUUCCAAGACAUUUCCCUUCUGGCUCUAGAUUGUUUAGACUGGAACACUUUUUCCAUCUCUCUAAGGUUUCAGUCACAGGAUUUGCUAUCCUGAGUCACAAUAGACAAUGGAAAAAGGCACAAUAGGAGACUUUUUAAUUCUGUGAAUGGACCCACAUUCUGCAAAAUGGCUGUUUAGGGGAAGGCAAAAAUGAAGCUUAGUUUUCUUCAUUCUGGAGAAAAGAGACAUUAAAUGUAAGAUGAUGUUCAGUUCAAGAGGUAGAUUUAAUCUCAGUGAAUUCCCAAAUUCACACUGAAAAAUACAGUCUAUUUCUGAUUCCUGAAACAAAUAUCGAUAAUACCUCAGGCAUUUGUAAGGGGUGUUUGGGAGUUCUUUUUAUACCUCGUGACCAAUAAACAGUUGCAUGUCCCUUUAACCCAGACUUUAUAGGAAAUUUAAGCUGCAAAGAUAAUUUUUAAAGCUGUUUUAAAAUUAAGCUUGCAUGAGCUUUCCCCCAAAAUUCAGAGUUUGAUAAUCACAGUAUCGUAAUGGAUUGAAAAGGCAUCUCUAGGAUAGAGACAGGGAAAAGCCAUAUUUUUCUAAUGUUUGGAACAUUAUAUCCUGAUUCCAAGAGUCAGAACACUCACUCCAUCUUCCUUUUCUUCAUCUGUUUCUGGGACACUUAAUCUUUUCCUUCAUCCAUUCCUACUCACCUCUUCUUAUUUGUAUCUUGGUGUUUUCUCCCAUGAAGAAUAGAGUAGGGGGACAGAAAGCACACUUUGUCAGAUUUGUAGAUGACGCAGAAAUGAACAAUAUCUCCAGUUUUUGGCUGAUGGAUUCAAGAUUAAUGUAUUCAGUGAACAAUCAUUGGAUUCUAAAUAUGUAUUGACUGGGAUAUAGAAAUAAUUACAGUAUUUUGAAAUAUCUGAACUAAGACUGAAAGUAAAAAUGAUUGAAUAGGCAUUAAUGAGAAACCCUAUAUUCUGGGUUUUUUAAAUGCAAAGUACAGAGAGGAGUGUGUAUUUAUGGAUGUGUGUGGUGUUGAUGGGAAUAGUGUUAGGAAGACCUGGUUUCACAGUACUUUAUAGAGAAAUAUUUCCUUACAGAAAUGGAGGUUCAGUGUUGACUCAGAAAUAUAUCAUGGCUAUUCACAAAGCUAAUGUGUUCAGCUGGUGUUAAUAAAAGCCUUGCAUGCUUUCAUUAACCCUCCAUCUAGUCCAUAUCUAAAUGGAGAGUUGACUUCAAUUAUGGGUAUCAUAUUUUAAGAGAGACAUUAAUAAGUUGAUUGUGUCCACAGGCAGGUGACCAGGGUUGUAAAGGGUCUGAUGAUACAAGAACAAAGGAAUAGCUUCCCUGAAGGAACAGAAGGUAUAGCUGGAAAGGGAGUGCAGACAAGGAGGGAAUGAUAUAAUAGCUGCCUCGAAAUUUCUGUUGAGGUAUAAAAAGGAAGAGGAAUUAGACUUACUCUGUGUAGCUUCAAAGGGCAAAAAUAAGAACAAAGAGGAACUUCACAGAUGACAUGUUUGCUUCAAUAUAAGGAAGAAUUUUCUAAUAAGAGUUGUUCUAAAGAGGAAUAGACUCAAGUUAGCAAAAUUUCCUGUUCCUGUGAAUGCCCAAGGGUUAAAAUAACCACCUACCCCAUGUGCUAUGAAACGGAAUCUUACAUUGGAUUUGCUCUAUAUGUCUACCAAGAUUCCUUCUAAAUAUAGGUUUAGUCUCAAUAGUAAUAAGACUCUCUAACUUCGUCUUUUUCUUCAGAAGUGGUUUUUCAUGCUCUUUGAAAUAUAGUGGAGUUCCUUUGAGGUUUUUAUCAAGGGAUUUCAAAGCAUAUCUCUUCCCCUGUUGUACUAAAGGCUUUUGAGAUUGAUUCCUCAUAGAACAUCUAAAUGGACUGGAGAGUUGGCAAGGGAAAUGAAGCUCAUCCCAGCACCUUCCUUAGUCACUAAGGCUUAGCACUCCGUCAAGAUCUCUGCCUCAUCUGCUAGCAUCACAUGUGGAUUGCUUGUUGGAGCUUAUUUUCCCCCGCCAUGGUAAAUUCUCAUUUCCGGUGUACAUGCACCUGGACCUUUUUUUUUUUUUUUUUUUUUUACCAAGAGUUGGGAAAAAUCCUUCUAUGUUAUCUGUAUUCUGCAAGCAAAUUAUUAUUAUUAUUAUCAUCAUUAUAAUUAUUAAGACAGAGUUUUGCUCUUGUUGCCCAGGUUGGAGUGCAAUGGUGCGAUCUUGGUUCAUUGCAACCUCUGCCUCCCGAGUUCAGGCAAUUCUUCUGCCUCAGCCUCCUGAGAGUAGCUGGGAUUACAGGUGCCCAUCACCAUGCACCACUAAUUUUUGUAUUUUUAGUAGAGACAGGGUUUCACCAUGUUGGCCAGGCUGCUCUCAAAUGCCUGACCUCAGGUGAUAAGCCUGCCGCAGUCUCCCAAAGCUCUGGGAUUACAGGUGUGAGCCACCAUACCGGACCCAUAAAUUGUUAUUAAUGUUUAAAAACAUCUUAAUCUCAUCAAAUUUGUUUUCCCUCUACUGUUUUUAGGAAACUGAUUAUGGGUAGCAUUUAGGGGCUUGGGGAUUAUAAUACUAUAUAUUUUUAGAUGUAAGGAGUGUUUUACUAGUUUUAAAUAACUUCUAUAGAAAACACAACUGGGCAAAUUAAUUAUGUAAUAGCCUACAUAGAAAACAGUUGGGCAAAUUACCAGUGGAUGUGCAGAUUCUACUUUUGCCACCCUGAACCUGGACUUUUAUUUUCUUUUUGUGGUCACAAUCUUUAUCAAUAAUGUGAAAAUAGUAAAAAUGAAUUCAUUUUACCAGUAUAUAGUAUUACUCUUAGAACAUAAAUUCGAUAUCACGUGGUAUCAAGAGCCGUGCUUUCUUUUGAGUCUAGGGCCUGCUUUUUGACUUUAUAGCAAAAAGAUAAGAAAUGUACUCAUUUUGACAUGUCAGACAAGACAAUGUGAGGCACUUUGUGGGGAUACCAUUAGAUCCCCCUUGCCUGCUCUUGCAGACAUAGUACUAGUUAUUCCUUAUCAAAAGUUUGAAUUUCAUUCAUAUUAAAUAUUAUCUGGACAGUUUCAUUUUUUCUAUUUGGCUCUUCCCUUAGGACUGUGCCUUCUUGCAUUAUUGGCAGGGUUCAUAAUCCUUGAGAACACUGUUUGAUUUAAAAUAUUUUUUAUUUGAAAUGAGACUGAUUUCUAUUCAAAUCCAGUGGCUGGGAGUAAGAGUUUAUUUCCCUAGAAACUUAUGUUUCUGAGAAAUGGGAUCCAUGAAAGCAAGGAAUGUAUAUAAUUUUUUGUGUUUCCAACACCUAACACAAAGCUUGGAAUAUAAUAGGGUUCAGCCACCUUAAAUCCUUGCCGAUAGGGCAAACGUAUCCUCAUGAAAUAAAGGAAAAUGAGUAUGUAUUCAAUAAAUGUUUGCUGAAAGAACACUGACCCUGAGACUCUAAGGCUACUUAACCCUUACUUAUCAUCAGAUACUCAUAAUAAAGCCAGCAAGCAUGCUUUUAUUUCCUGAAGGACUUAAAUAAUUUUCCUUUCCUUUUAUUCCUGCCUCCAGAGUCAAGUAAUAAAACCUGUCAGCACUUAGGCACUUAAUAUACUGCUGAAUUUGAACUACAAUGUACCUCAUUCACAUUGAAAAACAUUUUUGUGCCCAAAAGCAUAGUAGCAUAGAUGCUGUCCAUAGUCACGGUGAUUGAUUGCUUUGUUCCUGCAGGUCAAACAGAUCUAUGAGCCUGGGCCUUGCCCAUUUCAAUGGUCAGUAGGAAAAGAAAGCAUUUGAUAAGAGUGCACAACCAGUCUUCAUGCACUAGGUCUUUGUUCUUCCAGCAUUAACCACUGACCAUUACUGUGCAUUUAUUUUGUCACCACAGUGAGAUGGAGGUCUGAGAUAGUAAGGUUGAAAUUUGUGAGAUAAAAUCAUGAUUUCAGAGGUGAUAUAUAUUUCACCGUAAGUUUAGUGGUGGGAAAACAGAAUGAGCUGAAGUUUUUUCUUAAAAGCCUUGGGAAUAUUAAAUUGGUUUAAGUAGGAAGCACUACCAUCCAGCCUACUUAUAGAAAUUCUGCCAGUUGGAAUGACAACUGUAACUCUUCUAAAAACGAGGAUUAUAUGUUAAUUCCAGCAUAUCUAGACCUUAGUCAAGGAUGUCCAAUCUUUUGGCUUCCCUGGGCCACAUAGGAAGAAGAAUUGUCUUGGUUGGGCCACACAUAAAAUACACUAACAACAGCUGAUGAGCUUUCAAAGCAUGCCUAGUGUUUUUUUUCUUUUUUUUUCUUUUGAGAUGGAGUCUCACUCUGUCACCCAGGCUAGAGCGUAGUGGCACGAUAUUGGCUCACUGCAACCUCCGCCUCCCGGAUUCAAGUGAUUCUCCUGCCUCAACCUCCCGAGUAGCUGGGACUACAGGCAUGUACCACCACGCCUGGCUAAUUUUUAUAUUUUUAGUAGAGAUGGGAUUUCACCAUGUUGGCCAGCUGGUCUUGAACUCCUGACCUCAGGUGAUCCACCCGCCUCAGCCUUCCAGAGUGCUAAGAUAACAGGCAUGAGCUGCCGUGCCUGGCCAAAAUAGCAUGUUUUAAGAAAGUUUAUGAAUUUGUCAUGGGCCACAUUCAAAACCAUCAUGGGCCAAGGGUUGGACAAGCUAGCCUUAGGUCAUGUCCAGAAUGCAAUUUAACAGGAAUUUCAAACAAAACUAACAAAAAAUUAAAUCCACAAAAAAAAAUCAUUUGGUAAAUGCAUUGUCCACACACUUUACUACCAAGUCCCAUUCAAACCAUGACAAUUCUUUACAUAAAAUGAGAGCAUUCUCACCAAGUUCCUAAAGAUGAUUUCUAAACAUUACCAACGUCUAAGUGCUAAUUCCCCACAAAUCACCAUUUCUUAUCUUUUUUAAAUGAGACUGGCUUUAGAUAUCAUGACUCAUAUUUAUGUGUUUAAGGAAUUAAAGGAGAAGGAGAUGUAUAAGGCAACCACAGAUGUAGAAAGCAAAUGUACACAUUAGUAAUAUUCUCCCAUGUAUUAACUAAACAAGAAUGUGAGAUUUUUACAUUUCUUCUAGUGUGCCUUAGCAAAUCUGCUGGAGAAAGUCUAGUUGCUUUAAGAAUUGAAAAAAAAAAUGUCUCUCUCAACUUGGCAAUUGGAAGCCUGUAAAGGCAGAAACUAUCCAUAGUAAUGAGUUUGGUAGUGCCUGGAGAAAGGCAAAUGAUCAUUGGAUGUAACAAAAGCUAUUAAGAGAACAGAUAAAAAAAGAAUUUCAAUAUGAAAAAGUAAAAUCUAGAGAGAUGACAAAUCAGCAUUGGGUACCAAGCCUCAAAAUACUUGAACUAGAAGCCAUCUCUUUAAGUUAAAAGAAAGCAGCUCUAGGAAAAAAUAAAGAUUGCAUAGUAAAAAGGGAUAGACAGCAGGAUUAAUUCAAGUCAACAAAUAUUUAUCAAGUGUCUACUCUGGUCAGGUGCUGUGUUAGCAGCCAGCUUCCCUAAAGGGAGGAAAGGCUAGAUAUGAGGACAUUGAGGAUUGUUUAUAUAAAGUCACUCAUAGGCAUGCCAUAAUGGAUUUAUUAAGGGGAAAUUGGGGUUUCUGUGAAUCUUUAAAGGACAUAGCCAUGGAGACAAUCACUAUGUUAAGUAAGUUGCUGUUUUCCCAAUUGGGCUUCAGUUACCUGAGACAAAAAAGUGAGGAAGUUGGAUUAAUUGUUUCUUCAAGUCCUUUCCGGCUCUAAAGUUAUGGGUUAUUUUACAAAAUAUCCAUUGGUGCCACCUUUCAUGACUAUUCCUAUGUUUAUAAGAACGAAGAAAUUUAAAUUUUGAAGAUUGGAAAACUCAGCUGGUCCAUCUCUUUCUUUUUCACAUCUUUUUUUUUUUUUUUUUUUUUUUUUUAAUAAUUUCCCCCGACAACAGAAACAGACAACCUUCCAAAUCCUCUAUCUUGCAGUUGCCUUCCACACACAGAUUUAAAAAGAGGAUCAAAGAGGGUGGUGAAGAUCAGGUGGAAUGCUUCUUUGGAAGUUCCACCGGCAUCAUGCAUCAGAACAAUGGUGUGAGCAUGAAGAGGCACAGACAGGUCUCCAAAAUGGAUGUUAGGAUUUGGGUGCUACUUGACACCAAAGUAGGUCUAACCCUCCAGGUUCUGGGGAUGCUAGGAUAAUCAAUGAGGUAUAUAUACACAUAUGUGUCAUUUUGUAUAAAAUAUUGUGAAAAUUGAAGGAAGACACUCAGUAAACAUCCUGGGACUCUUUGUAAGUUAUGGCAAAACCAGAUGAGAGAAAAGGGACAGUCCCCUCCUCAUCCUCAUUGUCUCUUAGUAACAUCAAAUUGUAGUUAAAAAAAAAAAAAGAACAAAAAACUAUGUACAAGCUACAAAAUAGCAUCUCUUUUGUGGUAUGUUUGAGUGUAUAAUUUUAGUUUCUUUUCUGGUUGUCCUUGUGGUAGUCAGAUGUGUUGGACUGAUUCCAGCUGGACAGAGUAAGGAAUUCCAGCAUCCUCUUCCUGUUUGCUUGUGUUCUCCCACAGAUCAAACCCUCAAUUCUAGUUGGGGAUGCCAUCUAGCCCCACACUGUGACUGAAGCCUCAAGCACUGUUGCGCCUCCUUGUGCUUUGGAUCAGCAACCCCAGUGGUGUUCUACCAGAGCAGUUCAGGGAAAGCAUAUGUACAGUCAGGUCCCAACAGCAAACUGUUGGAUGUGAGAGUUCUAAAGUAUAGGGGUGAAGGAAGAGAAGGAUAUGAACUCCUCUGACCUUAAGCCAGCAUUCAUUUAACUUUUAUAUCUACUUGCCAAGAGAACCUGGAGAAAACUACCAUAUUCAAGAGAUUAAUCAAAAUCAGUGGUCUAGCCAGGUGGUGACAGAGAAGCACCAUUCCUCACCCUCCAUUCUUGUAAUGUCUGUAAUAAAUUUCAAUGUGUCAGGAUGAAUGAACCCAAGAUCCAGUGAAUGAUUCAGCUGAUCCAAGCCUUGCAUUUUCCAUCACUCAUCAUCCAUCCUCAUUCAGCAUAACCUCUUGCACUAUUGUGGCUAAUUUUAUGUAAAACCAGUUUUUUUUUAAAAUAUGUGCCUAUGUAAUAAAGUCUACACACUGGCUGUCUCUGUAGAGGUGAGGUUUUGUUUUUAGUUGUUCUACUGAUUAUGUCCUUUUUCGAGCUAUGAAAAUGAAUUAUUAAUAAAUUUUUGAACAAAGUGU